AUUGGACUCGAUUGGUUUGAGGCCUUGGGAAUUCAGGUAAUUGGACUGAAUAAAUUGCAAACACAGACCCUUGCUGACGUAUGCAAGGAGUUUGCAGAUGUGUUCAGCUCUGAACUUGGGUCCUACACGGGACCUCCUGUUUCACUUAAGUUGGAUCCAAUGGUACAGCCCAUCAGGGUUAAGCCUAGGAGGGUACCAUUCGCUCUUAAGAGCAAGAUUGACACUGAGCUGGACAAGUUGCUCCAGCAAGGUAUUCUAGAGCCUGUAGAUUCCAGCCCGUGGGAAACCCCCAUUGUAAUGCCUUUAAAGGCAAACGGGGACAUCCGGAUUUGUGCUGACUACAAAUGCACACUAAACAAGGCCCUACAGCAACAUGCUUAUCCUGUGCCUGUAGUGAGCCACAUUUUAGCUUCCCUUAAGGAGGGAAAAAUUUUUACUAAGCUUGAUUUGGCUCAGGCAUAUCAACAGCUGCCUGUUGAUGAGGCUGCAGCUGAGGCCCAAACUAUUGUCACCCAUCGUGGGGCGUUCAGGGUGAAGAGGUUACAGUUUGGGGUGAAUGUCGCUCCUGGCAUUUUUCAAAGUGUAAUGGAAAACACUCUGAGGGGUAUUCCUGGUGUAUGUCCUUACUUUGAUGAUGUUCUCAUCGCAGGUGACUCUCCACAAGUGCUGGCUGAGCGGUUAAAGGCCGUUUUCCUUCGUUUCCGGAAGGCAGGUCUUAAACUAAAACAGGACAAAUGUAAGAUUGGUGUUCAAUCCACUGAGUUCUUAGGUUUUAAGAUAGAUGCACAGGGUAUUCACCCAUCUGAUGCUAAGCUCAAAGCUACAUCCAAUGCAGUGUUGGCUCAUUUUAAUGAGCAGUUGCCAGUGUGCCUGGCUUGUGAUGCCUCACCCUACGGUGUGGGCGCUGUUCUUAACCAUUUGACGGCUGAUGGGACUCAGGUCCCUGUGGCUUACUAUUCUAGGACUUUAUCUGCUGCUGAGCGCAACUAUGCUCAAAUUGAUAGGGAAGCUUUGGCUCUGGUGGCUGGUAUUAAAAAGUUCCAUGAUUUCAUCUAUGGCCGCCAUUUUACAGUCUUUACGGACCACAAGCCUUUACUGGGGCUAUUUACCACCUCCAAACAAACUCCUCAUAUCCUAUCCCCUCGGAUGCUCCGUUGGUCCAUCUUCCUCUCAGUUUAUGACUAUUCACUGGUUCAUAAGCCUGGCAAGGAAAUGGGUCAUGCAGAUGCUUUGAGGUGGCCUGACAGAUGCCCUGCAGAGGAAUUUCAACGUUUUUGGGUCAAGAGGCACGAGUUGUCCACAUUCAAUGGUUGCCUCCUAUGGGGAUUGAGAGUUGUGAUCCCAGCCUCAUUGAGGGCUAGAAUCUUGGUCUCAUUACAUGAGGUUCACCCUGGAAUUGUAAGGAUGAAGGCGCUUGCUCUCAGCCAUCUGUGGUGGCCUGGCAUUGACCAAGCCAUCGAGUCCCAAGUACAUGGAUGUCAUACCUGCCAACAGUCCAGACCUGAAAUGCCACAGGCCCCUGUACACAGGUGGGAGGAAACACACACUCCAUGGUCUAGAAUACAUGUAGAUUACACUGGGCCCUUUCAGGGUCAAUUCUUCCUGGUUGUUGUUGAUAGCCAUUCCAAAUGGCUGGAGGUCAUGCCUGUGUCUUCUACCACAGCUGCCAAGACUAUCCAGGUUUUGAGGAACAUUUUUGCUGCACACGGGUUGCCAGAUGUUCUAGUGUCAGAUAACGGUCCUCAAUUUACUUCUACUGAGUUUCAGGGUUUUCUCCGGACCAACAUGAUCCGCCACGCUGCUUCAGCUCCUUUCCAUCCUUCCACCAACGGUCUGGCUGAA